AUGUCAGGAAAGGGCUCUUUUGAACUUAGGAAACCGGUGUCACCUUAUAUUUGUUCCACGCCUCUUGACUUCAACAAGGAGAGGCAGUUCUUGUCUGAUGUCGUAUUUCCAAAGCUUAACGAUUUAUGUAAGUCACGCGGUGCUUACUUUAACCCGGUUGACCUUCGCUGGAAACCCGCGGAUGCAAAGACUGAAGAAGGACUUUUACUAAAAACUUCCCUGAACGCCAUUACACACUGUGUCCCUUUCUUCCUUUGCUUGCUGGGAGAGACUUACGGGCCUUUCAGAGAUGACAGCGCUGCCCGGUUGCUGCUGCCUCAGUAUGCUGGACAGCUGGACAUCCCCCGGGACUUGGACUGGCUGGACAAAAACCUCGUUUUGGCCGCAUCUGGAGGACAUUCGUGGGUUCUCCAGGAAGGCAACCAGUACAAGAGCAUAACCGAGCUAGAGGUCACACAAGCAGUUCUCCUGACCCAAAGUCCGCACGCGACACUCUACUACCGGCGCUCCGACCACCUGGACAGUCAUCUUGUCCCUACAGUUGAGAACAAACAGGAAGCAAAAACGGAUUUAAGUCUUUAUUCUUCGGAAUCCGAGCAAGCCAAAGGUAAAAUCCAUUAUCUCAAACAGAGACUGGUCAACAGAGGUGUUUCUGUGAAGUAUUUCAGCACGGUAGAAGAAUUGGAAAAACUGGUUCUUGAAGACUGGGCGGAGAUAAUCGACCUCUGUUUGCCCCCUCUUCUGCACGAUGUGCAACUGUUAGACACGGUUGAGUACAAGGAAUGGAUGGACCAGGAAGUGUUCUUGAACAGAGAUGUGGAAUUGUUUGUGUCAACACCGGACGUAGAAGAAACAUUGGAACAGCUGACGGUGUUUGCUUUGACUUGCACCAGAGAAACUGCUUCUGUACGUAGAGACCACGAGAUUUCCAGAUCACCAGCAUGGAGCAAAGACGGUCACGACGUCUGGGCAUUGUACAAACACAAGACAGGCCAGACUUCUGAAAGUCGCAACAUUUCAGUCGUGUUAUUCGAUGGCGAUAGAGGUGCUGGGAAGUCAGCUCUUGUUGGACGUUGGUUUCAUGAAUUCAAGAAAGACAACCCAGACAUUUGUCUCAUCUCACAUGCUGUCUCGGCAUCACGUAGAAGCUCAGACAUCAUCCACUUUUUAAAGUAUUGCACCAGGAAAUUGAGACAACGGUUUCUUUUAUCAGAAACAUAUGAUGCAAACAGCCUAUGUGCAGCCAUUGAGAAUGACACAGAUAAUGCUGAUGACAGUUUGUUGCUUGUGUCAGAAGCCUUUGUGGCAGCCAUAAGCUUGGGUCCCUGUGUCAUCUUAUUGGAUGGACAGCUGCCAACUACUUGCAGGGUCAUCUUCGUAUCCACAUCUUCAGACAUUUCCCAUCACUGCCUGAGUCGACGGCCAGACACUUUGGUACUUAACCUUCCAGUCUCCCUGAAGCGUCCAAGCACCACAGUUGCUAUGAUCCAAAAACAUUUCCCUACAUUGAGCGAUCUGAUUGGAGAAAAAGCAUUGACACGAUUGGCACAGUUAAAAUUAAUGCAAACAGCACUAGGAGCAAAGAUGAUUGGUUGUGAAUUGUUACUUUUCAGUGGAUACAGUAACCUGAACGCCUUCAUGGAAGAAUAUGCAGAGGUGUGGUCCCUAAGAGAUUUCUGGACUAUCUGUGUACAAAACUGGACCAAGGAAUACAGCUGGACAUCCAAAGAUGCACCUCGUGAACUUAGCUUCAUUGAUGGUGGUUUCUGUUACUCCGGAUGGGUCAUAGAUUCACUCAGCCUAAUUCUCCUUUCCCGAAAUGGACUCACCCAGGAUCAGAUCCUUUCAAUCUUGAAAAUGAUUGGUUAUGACGGUGACCUUGAAGUUACAAAUUAUGACUAUCUAAAGUUCAAGCUUGCUGCUAGUGCCAGUUUGCAAGAAGUCGGUGAUGGCUGCUUGAUUUUUGGUCACAGAUACAUACAGAACAUUGCAGAGUAUAUUCUGUUUGGAAGCUUCGAGUCAAGUUCACACGACCCAGCACACAUAAUCAGAACUGCCAGCAUCAGCAGACGCCAGUUGUACCAUACAUACUUAGCCAGGUAUUUUUCCCAACAGCUGCUGAAUGUUCAGAUUUUACAGGAGCUUCCCUGGCAUCUCAUGUUUUCAGGGGAUAUACUCAGUUUGGUGAACUGUCUCACAAACUGGAAUUUUCUGUUGAAAGUGGUGACUUCUGACAGUACCUUUUGGCUUCAAGACCUGAAAAUAUACUGGUCAGUUUGUCAGGUGAAAGGUUAUCACCCUGACCUUGAAUACCUAAAGCUAAUUGAGGAAGCGGGAGUUGUCGAUGUCACUGAUGUACAGGUAGUGGAAGAUAAAUACAACCAGUCAGGGAUGAUGACAUCAAGGGAAAGGACUUCCACUCCCAUACUCUUGUUCACAAGGCUACAUCACAAGGAGGAAAUACAUCAGACCAGAGAGGAACUGCAGGCUGAUGUUUGUGCUUGUGAUGUAGCAGACAAGGCUACGAACAGAAAGUUUUCAGACAGUGUGUUUGUGACACAAUGUCACUCAGGGUUGUGUGAUCAACAGCCACUGGUCACUAUCAGACGGGAGGUAGAAGGCUUGUCUGAUGUGGCUUUCCUUGGCUGGUUCCUGGCAAAGUUUCUGGAUCAAAUUAAUGAAAGAGAGGCUGGCAAGAUUAUUUUAUCAUCGCUGAUGAAGUACAUUCAACAGAAAUGCUCUCAGACAACAGAAACACACAUUCUUCUCAGCCGAUACCAUCAUUUUGUUGGACAAUGUUAUGAAACCUUUAGUGACCUUGACACAGCAGACAAAAAGUACAAACUGGCACUUCGUUCUAUCAUGGCUGCCAUAGACCUGGACGAUGAAAUGAUAUGUGAAGAAUCCACUCAAUAUUUGAAAGGCUUGCUGUUGAAUUGUCUUGGACAUAUUCGUAUUCUCAAGGGACAGAACUCUGAAGCUGCAGAGUUGCUUGAAGAGGCAUUAGAUUGUAUCAGGGAUAACUCUGACUGUUUUGUUCUCAAGUCGGCAAUCUACUACAACCUGGGACUGGUUUGUUCAUGCCAGCACAACUAUAUCCAGGCAGAGACACACCUCAGAGAGUCAGUGAGACUGCGAAUCCGAUGGUUUGGUUGGCGUCAUCCCCUGGUAGCUGAGGCCUUGGUAGCUCUAGCCCAGCUACUUGCUGAACCAAGUAACACCAGAGGCCAGGAUCUAGUUCAAGCAAAGGAUCUCUACAAGCAAGCUUUACAUAUACAACAGAAAUGUUUCGGACCUUCUCACCUGUCAGUGGCCAGUGUCCUGUACGAAUUAGGUUCGCUGUUAGCAGCAGAGGAUAGUCGCUUGGCAAAACUGGAAGCUCAGGAUUGUUUGAGGCAGUCUCUUGACCUGAGAGUUACACAUUUAGGAAGCAGACACCCAUUUACAAUAGAGAGCCAACAGAAACUGACCCAGGUGAAUGUGGAUCUUCAGCUAAAGAACUACGAGUUUGGCUCUGGGAAAUAUGCUGCCUCCUCCUCUGCCCUUGUGAGAUGUGAUAUCUCCUCAAUGAUGCCUGCCCGUGCAAACAGGAAACCAUUCAGUGCCGUUUCUCUACCUGAAUCUGGUCAGGUCAGAAGGUCCAAGAAAGGCCAGAGGUUCCAUUCUGCUUAUUCAGAAGAUAACACGUCAGAAUGGUCUCCAAAUAAUGGAGGUCUGAAAAGGGAGAGCACCUUGUUGAGUAUGACCAGUGCAAGUGAGAGGCUCUUGUCUACUCCACUGACAGGAAUACCCCGACUGCUGUACAUGAAGAAACAUGGUCAUUCAUGUCAAGGUUUCAGGCAACAUGGCAAUACAGGAAUCAAGCAAAUGGAGGAGGCAGAAAUUAAAAUUAGUAAAAAUGAAAAUGACAGUAGAGUAGUUACAGAAAAUGAACUGUCUCAGUCUGAAACUGGUGUGGCUGUAAAUCUGAGAUCAAUAGAUGAAGGUCAACAUGGAAGUAUGCAAGAUUAUACAGCAGAGAAUAUUGAUGAGGAGAUUAAUCAAGCAGUGAAUGGGAAUUUCCACAACAUUCAGCCAGUCACUGUUGAUAUACACCACACAGGCGACAAUAAUGUGUCCAAAGAAACAGGUCAAAAGAUGCUAAGUAAUCCAAAUUUAAAUGCUCACACAGAAAUUACUGGAGCACAAAGCUUAGAUAACGAAAAGAAAACCAUUUCAGUUCACCCUGCUAGUUCUCCCCAAAGAUUACUUCAAAGAUACCGAAAAUAUUCACUUAUUGACAGGCCACAGACAAACACAAGUAAGAGUAGGAAAACUUCCAGCUUUCCGCAUCGUUUGUGGAGUGGUCGAAGCAGUAUCACAGCUGCCUCUUUAUACAACAGUAGUCAUCUAUCCCACUGCAAAAUACCUGGUCGUUAUGACAUCACAGUGGGUAACAGCCGAAGCAUGUCUGGUCCUCACAGUGACCUCACAAGUCUCCUGGGUGACCCGCCGUGUCCUCGACAGACAUCGAAUGUAUUAAAUCACAGAUCCGCUUGGUAUCAUGUCCCAGGCCGGUAUGCAACUCCACAACACAGGUACCCUAGCAAACGCAUGCAGAGAACAAAGAGUUCUAAAGACAUAGAAUUUACCGUCACCCAGAAAUGGCAGCAUCCUAUUUCAAAGCAACAAGAACAAGAAGACCUCAGGAAUCAGUCAGAGAAAGAAAACCUUGUUUUGAAUGGAACUUAUCUGCUACAUUCACGAAAUGCAAUGAUCAGCAACAAAGACAACUUUUCCAUGCUUCCAAGAUUUGUAUUCAGUCAAAACUCUGGGGAAAGUUUGAAGGUCAGUGGGCUGGAGAUGCCCAGAGGUGGUCACCCAAAUCAUGGGUCUGCUUCCCAAAGCCGAGCUGUCCAGUUUCAAAAGAACAAUAUAUUAGCCUAG